AUGGCGUCUCCCAAUAGCGGCGACGUCGGUGCAGCAGGCGACCUCCUAGGGACCGGGCUGCUGGCCGCCUCCAAGGACGAGGAGACGCCUGCCGUGGAGACGACGGCGACGUCAACGUCGUCGGGGCGUCUGGCGGAGCACGAGAUGACGCCGACGCGCUCGCCGGUGCGGCAGGGCGUGCGGCGCGCGGCGGCGGAGUUGCAGGAGGUGUUUCUGGGCACGAAGCUGUUCCCGCUCUUCUCCGCCGUGCCGCUAGCCGUCGCCGCCGAGCACUUCCGCUUCGGCCGGGCAUGGGUGUUCGUUUUCAGCUUGAUAGGCCUUGCUCCUCUCGCAGAACGUGUGAGCUUCCUAAGCGAGCAUAUUGCCGAUACAGCAGGACCAACAGCUGGCGGGCUUCUGAACGCAACUUGUGGGAAUGUACCUGAACUAAUUAUUGCACUGUUUGCCCUGCACAAAGAGAAGAUGGAAAUCCUAAAGUGGUCUCUUUUAGGUUCCAUAUUAUCUAAUUUGCUCCUAGUCCUUGGUUCAUCACUCCUUUGUGGUGGCCUUGCUAAUACAGGCAAGGAGCGUCCGCUGGACAGGAGACAAGCAGAUGUAAGCAUAGGCCUCCUGAUGCUGGGUGUGCUCUGCCACAUCUUACCUCUAUUGUCCAAGUACACAGCAAGCACUGGAGAUAGCAUAGGCUCAGCUCUGGGGUUAUCAAGAUUAUGUGCAAUCGUAAUGCUCAUUGCCUACUUUGGAGGUCUCGUCUUCCAGCUAAAAACUCAUCGUCAAUUUUUUGUGCAAGAGGGAAGUUCACAGAGCAGCAGCAGCAACAGUGACGAUGAAGUUACAAACAAUUCAGUUAUAGGAUCUGCCAGUACAGUGAUCUGGUUGAUUGGGAUGACUGUAGUCAUUGCUGUGCUUUCUAAUUACGUUAUCACUACAAUUGAGGAAGCAUCAGAUGCACUUGGUAUCCCAGUCAGGUUCAUUAGCAUUAUCCUCCUUCCUGUUGUUGGAAAUGCGGCAGAGCAUGCAGGCGCUAUAAUAUUUGCUUUUAAGAACAAAAUUGACAUCACCCUGGGAAUUGCUCUUGGCUCAGCAAUUCAAAUUUUGCUGCUUGUGGUGCCUGUUAUUCUAAUUGUGUCCUGGGUCAAUGGCAUCCCUAUGGAUCUUGACUUGAACCUUGUUGAGACUGGAUCAUUGGUUAUGACAGUAUUUACAACAGCUUUUACACUUCAGGAUGGCAAAUGGCAUUACUUGAAAGGCUUCAAUUUGACACUAUGUUACAUUGUAAUAGCAGUGUGCUUUUUCACCAUAAAGGCCGUCCCAAUUCCUACUAAUGAUUGCUUGGUCAUCUACUUCUGGGGUAACUCUGUUCAGCACCAAAGAAGGUACAGGCCUGAGAUGCUGGGUUUGGAAUCAAACUAA